UGUUUACUUUCUCUAAGUAACUUGUAGUCUAGUCUAGUCUAGUAGAUCUAGAUCUAGACCGACUAGAUCUAGAUCUAUACCUAAACCUAUUAUAUUUUUUAACAGUAUAGAUCUAAUUAUAAUUCCCUACAAGUACAAUGGCACAAUUUAUGGAGGUUGGCAUCGAGUUUGAAUCCUUCGAUGCUUUUCAAGCUGCAAUGGAGCAGUACGAAGACACACACUUCGUUCAGUUUUCCAGAGUUGAUUCACGCACAGUUGAAAAAGCACAAGAAAGUUCUGUCGCUAAAACAUACAAUCCUGAAAUAAAAUUUGCUCAAGUUCAUUAUGCUUGUACAUUUGGACCUAAGAAGGCAGUUUCACGAUCUAUUGGGAUCCGGAAUGCAACCUCUAGAAAAAUAGAUUGCCCUGUACAUAUUCGGCUGUCAGCAACUCCAGAUGGUCAGCGACUGGUCAUAAAAGAAAGUGUGUUGGAGGGUCACAAUCAUGAAGUUUCAGAGGAGCAGUACAAGUCUUUGUCAAGACAGAAGCAGUUAGAUGAGGAAACUGAACUUGAAAUUUACAAUUUAAUUAGUAUGCAUGAAGACAAACGAUUGGCCAGAAUGUUAAUUAGAGAUAAGUUGACCAAAGAGACAGGAAGAUCCAUAUCAGUUAAAGAUAUUUUAAACAUAGAAAAGCGAGUGGCCAAAAAGCUUGAAAAUAAAAAUGAAUUAGGAGAAAAGAAAUCUCGAAGUCGCAAAGAUUCAACAGAAGAAAAUGAAGAAAUGGAACAUGAUAUAUCAGAAGACAGGACAGAUAAUAGAGAUGGUGAUAGCCAUGAAGAUUCAGAAGUUGAAGAUAGAAAACCCAGUAAAAAGAAACCCACUGUAAAAGUGAAGCCUUCAGUCACCCAUGGUAGACCCAAGAGGAACCGUAGGGAACCCAGUCGUUUUAGAGACGCUCUAGAAAAUGGAGAAAAGGUGCUUCAUACCUUUAAAAACAAUGUUGUUAGUAUUGUGUCCCCUGAUGAUAUUGAAGAGUUAGAAACACAAGCUACCCCUACUCCUGUCUCUUCCAAAAAGUUUCCGAACAAAGUCAAAGAGGAAACUAGGGGAAGGAAGAGAAAGAUCUCACUGCAGAAUGAAGAUACAGAUUCAGAGGAUAAGUUUAGUAAAGUCGACCGGGAUUUAGCCAUAAAAGAAGAAAUGUUGGAAAUUGAGAAGAAGAAAAUGACACUUUUGCAAGACAUUGUUAAGAAACUAGACCAAAUUAUUGAAAAUCAGAAAUCAAGUCAGUUAUGAGGUACAAGCUAGAAAUUUCAAAUUGUUAUUAUUUAUUUCUACCUAGUUUUUAAUUGCAGUCCUGUUUAUAGGUUUGCGCAUAAAUUAUUAUGAGACAGCUUAGUUAAAAACAACAUUAGGAGGGGAUUGUGAUAUGUCGUAUUAAUAGAAGAUGGCGCUGGAAUACUCUCUUUGUGGCUAUUCAGUUUUUUUAAUUUUAUUGAAUGACUAUGUUAUGCCAUGCUAAUAAAGGAAUCAUGUUUUUAAAUUUAUUUUACUGAAAGUGCAGAGUGGAGAGCCUGAAAAUUAAAACUUUUUUAGUUUUAUUGUGUCUGAGUAAGCCUUCAGCCCCUAUAAGGUACCUAACCUAGUCCCAAGAACUUCAAAGUGGCUGAGCAUUUUAUGGACACAAAAUCUUUCACAUGCUUCUGUAAGAAAUAGAUGAACACUACUUCAUCUACCCAUGGUACAUAAUUUUAGUUUUAAACUAAAAGAAUUUUUUUAUACAAAACAAAAAGACUACAACUGUAGCAAUAGGUUAAAUAAUCAUUUUUAUUAUUUUUUUUAAAGAGAUUCCUAGUUUUAUAGGUGCUAGAUAGCAGGGGAUUUACUUUUGAGUGGUUACUCAGGGUGCUGCUUAUGUUCAAUGUUGCGCAAGUACUCACACAUUUCAUUUCAUCCCUGUAUCAUUUUACAACAAGUUCAUGUAAACAUUCUUAUUUUAAUUCUCAAACACAUGUACCAUUUUAUUGUACAUUUGUUUCAUGUACUGUAUCAUGCUUUGUUUUAUUUGUAGCUGAGUGUUUAUUGGUGAAUGAUUCAGUUUUUGUUUUUAGUGAAUGGGAUUUUAAAAACAGUAAAAAAACAAUGGCAGCUUUUCUAAA